AUGUCCUUCCAUUUGGGAUUGUCUGAGAUUUUUCUUCGUUCGGUGGAGGAUGUUCAUGGUUGGGAGGAAGAGUGGAUGCAGCGUACCAAGCGCAUGGUAACAGAGUGUCCCUUAUUGCCACGGGAGGCUCCCUGCAGUGAUCACUUAGUUCAUGUGGUGUCCUGUGGUUCUUCCGCUGUGAAGAGGCCAGAGUCUCCUCCACUGCAACUUUUUGUACAAGGAACCAUCUUCCCAGCUCCCAAUUUCAAUCCCAUAAUGGAUGCCCAAAUGCUAGGAGGAGCACUCCAAGGAUUUGACUGUGACAAAGACAUGCUGAUUGACAUUCUAACGCAACGCUGCAGCGCGCAAAGGCAGAUGAUUGCGGAGGCAUACCAAAGCAUGUACGGCCGGGACCUGAUUGGGGACCUGAAAGAGAAGCUCUCAUCACACUUCAAAGACGUUAUGGUUGGCCUUAUGUACCCUCCACCAUCUUUUGAUGCUCACGAACUAUGGCAUGCCAUGAAGGGAGCAGGCACUGAUGAGAAUUGCCUCAUUGAUAUAUUGGCUUCAAGAACAAAUGGGGAAAUUUUCCAGAUGCGAGAAGCGUAUUGUUUACAAUACAGCAGUAACCUUCAAGAGGACAUUUAUUCAGAGACCUCAGGACACUUCAGAGAUACUCUCCUGAACUUGCUCCAGGGAUCCAGAGAGGAGGGAUACGCGGACCCUGCUAUGGCUGCUCAGGAUGCAAUGGUCCUAUGGGAAGCUUGUCAGCAGAGAACAGGAGAACAUAAAACCAUGUUACAACUGAUCCUGUGCAACAAGAGCUACCAGCAGCUGUGGCUGGUUUUCCAGGAAUUUCAAAAUAUUUCUGGGCAAGACAUAGUAGAUGCCAUUAAUGAUUGUUAUGACGGAUACUUAAAGGAGCUGCUGGUGGCAAUUGUUCUCUGCAUUCGAGACAAACCAGCCUAUUUUGCUUACAGAUUAUAUAGUGCAAUUCAUGACUUCGGUUUUCAUAAUAAAACAGUAAUCAGGAUUCUAAUUGCCAGAAGUGAAAUAGACCUGCUGACCAUAAGGAAACGAUACAAAGAGAGAUAUGGAAAAUCCCUAUUUCACGAUAUCAAAAAUUUUUCUUCAGGACAUUAUGAGAAAGCACUGCUUGCUAUCUGUGCUGGUGAUGUGGACGACUACUAA